UAAAAAAAAAAACGUUCCCCUUCGUUGUCUAAGCAUAAGGCAUAAAUUGUUUAAUUGCAAAAAUCUAGAAACUACGUGGUUUUUUCAUCAUUCCUCAAAAUUUAAUUCCUUUAAAUUAACGUUCAAAAUCCACCAAAAUGGUUUGUGUUCCUUGCUUCAUCAUUCCUGUCCUCCUGUAUAUCUGGCAUAAAUUCAUUCAACCCAUUGUGUUGCGCUACUGGAAUCCAUGGGAAAAGAAGGAUGCCCAAGGAAAUGUGAUAAAAGCUGGUCCCGAAUUUCCAUUUGAGUGUAAGGGUGGUGUCUGCCCAUAUCCUGGAGCUAAAAAGAAACUAGAAGAUGGCAAAACGGAAGAUAAUUCAACAACAACACCAGCUGCCACAGAAACAAAGCCAGUGACCACGGGAAGUUCGGAUAGCAAAAAAGAUGACUAAAUUCUUCUAGUGAUAAUUAAUAGAGUAAUAAUUUUAAAAUAGCUAAAAGUAAUUUUAUACUUUUAUGUAUUGUUCAAAAUGUAUGUUUGUUACAUUGGGGUUUGGUGUAGGUUCAAUUGCUUUUAAGGUAAUGUUAAUGCAAAUUUGACUAAGGAAGUGUACUGUAUUUAAUUAGAAGAAAUAAAUGUUAUGAUUUUAAAAUUAAAAAAGUA